CGUGCGCGCUCGUUUAAUACCAGAACUUACCGAGCCGAUACCGAUAAAUCCCUUCGAAAACUGCACACGUUUCAUCUGUUUUUUUUCCCCAUUUCCGAACUCCAGCUGCAGCCCCAACAUUUGACGGAACCAUGCCAGAGGAGGAACAGCAGCAAACGGGCGACGGAGGCGCCAAUCCUGCCAAGACCCCCAAGCAAUUGGAGAAGGAGCGCCUCAAGGCCGAGAAGCUGGCCAAACUGCAGGCGAAGCUGGAGAAGAAGGCGUCAGCAGCUCCAGCGGCAGCCGAAAAGAAAGAGAAGCCCGAAAAGCGUACCAAAGAGGUAAAGGAGGCCGCUGUGUACACAGCCCAGACAGAACCCGGGGAGAUGAAAGAUCUGAGUGAUCCGCUGCCAGAUGCGUACAGUCCGCGGUUCGUGGAGGCCCAGUGGUACAGCUGGUGGGAGAAGCAGGGCUUCUUCACGCCCGAAUAUGGGCGCGAUUCAAUAGAUGCGCCGAAUCCGAAUGGCAAAUUCAUCAUGGUGAUUCCGCCGCCGAACGUGACUGGUUCUCUGCAUUUGGGCCAUGCCCUGACCAACGCCAUCGAGGAUGCAAUCACGCGCUACCACCGCAUGAAGGGACGCACCACGCUGUGGGUGCCCGGGUGCGAUCAUGCCGGCAUAGCCACCCAGGUGGUGGUGGAGAAGCUGCUCUGGCGCGACGAGAAGCUGUCGCGGCACGACCUCGGCCGGGAGAAGUUCAUUGAGCGCAUUUGGGACUGGCGCCGUGAGAAGGGCGGCCGCAUCUACGACCAGCUCAAGUCGCUGGGCUCCUCCUACGACUGGUCGCGGGUCAACUUCACCAUGGACCCGAAGCUCUGUCGCGCCGUGACGGAGGCGUUUGUGCGUCUGCACGAGGAGGGCAGCAUCUACCGCAGCUCCAGGCUGGUCAACUGGUCGUGCACCCUGCGCUCGGCCAUUUCGGACAUUGAGGUGGACAAGGUGGAGAUACCCGGCCGCACCUUCCUCUCGAUUCCCGGCUACGACGAGAAGGUGGAGUUUGGCGUGCUGGUGAAAUUCGCCUACAAGGUGGAGGACAGCGACGAGGAGAUCAUUGUGGCCACCACGCGCAUUGAGACGAUGCUCGGCGACACGGCCGUGGCCGUGCAUCCCAAGGAUGAGCGCUACAAGCAUCUGCAUGGCAAGUUUGUGGUGCAUCCGUUCUGCACACGCCGCCUGCCCAUCGUGUGCGACGAGUUUGUGGAGAUGGAGUUUGGCACGGGCGCCGUGAAGAUCACCCCCGCCCACGAUCCCAACGACUACGAGGUGGGCAAGCGCUGCAGCCUGCCCUUCAUCACGAUCAUCAACGACGACGGCUUCAUCAUCGGCGACUACGGAGAGUUCACGGGCAUGAAGCGCUUCGAGUGCCGCAAGCAGAUCCUGGUGCGGCUCAAGGCGCUCAAUCUCUACCGCGAGACCAUCAACAAUCCCAUGGUGGUGCCCAUCUGCAGCCGGUCCAAGGAUGUGGUGGAGCCCUUGAUCAAGCCCCAGUGGUAUGUCAGCUGCUCGGACAUGGCCGCCUCGGCCACCGAAGCGGUACGCUCUGGCGAGCUGAAGAUCAUACCCGAGCACCACACCAAGACCUGGUACCACUGGAUGGACGGCAUACGGGACUGGUGCGUGUCCAGGCAGCUGUGGUGGGGCCAUCGCAUACCCGCCUACCACGUCAGCUUCAGCGAUCCCUCCAUCCCAGCCGGAACGCCUGCUCUUGGUGGAGUGAGCGACGACGAACAGUAUUGGAUUGUGGCGCGCAGCGAGGCAGAGGCGCUGAGCAAGGCGGCCGAAAGAUUCAAGGUGGAUGCCAGCAAGAUUGUGCUGAAGCAGGACGAGGAUGUGCUGGACACAUGGUUCAGCUCGGGCAUCUUCCCCUUCUCGGUGUUCGGGUGGCCGGACAACACCAAGGAUCUGCAGACCUUUUAUCCCACAUCGCUGCUGGAGACGGGCCACGACAUUCUCUUCUUCUGGGUGGCGCGCAUGGUCUUCUUCGGCCAGAAGCUGCUGGGCAAGCUGCCCUUCAAGGAGGUCUAUCUGCAUCCCAUGGUGCGCGAUGCCCACGGCCGCAAGAUGUCCAAGUCCCUGGGCAAUGUCAUCGACCCAAUGGACGUGAUUCUGGGCAUCACACUGGAGGGACUGCACGCCCAGCUCGUGGGCUCCAAUCUCGAUCCGCGCGAGAUCGAGAAGGCCAAGGCUGGCCAGAAGCAGGACUAUCCCCAGGGCAUACCCGAGUGCGGAUCGGACGCCCUGCGCUUCGCCCUCUGCGCGUACAUUACCCAGGCACGCGACAUCAACCUGGACAUCAAUCGAGUGCUCGGCUACCGCUUCUUCUGCAACAAACUGUGGAAUGCCACAAAGUUUGCCCUGCUUUACUUCAACGGCGACGAGAAGUUCAGCACCGAGCUGAGCGCUGGCGAUGCCGUCAACCAGAUGGAUGCCUGGAUCCUGUCCAGACUGGCGGCCGCCAUCGAGACCUGCAAUGCGGGCUUCGAGUCGUACGACUUUGCGGCCGCCACCAGCGCCUGCUACGCCUUCUGGCUGUACGAUCUGUGCGACGUCUAUUUGGAGUGUCUGAAGCCGAUCUUCCAGGGCGGCAGCGAGCAGCAGCAGACCGCCGCCCGGCGCACCCUCUACGUCUGCCUGGACUUUGGCCUGCGGCUGCUCUCGCCGUUUAUGCCCUUCAUCACGGAGGAGCUCUACCAGCGCCUGCCACGCGCGAAUCCCGCGCCCAGCAUUUGCAUUGCCAGCUAUCCCAGCAACACCUCGUGGCGCAGUGCAAAGAUCGAAUCCGAUGUGGAGUUUGUCCAGAAAGCGGCACGCAUCAUUCGCUCAGCCCGCUCCGACUACAAUCUGCCCAACAAGACCAAGACGGAGGCGUACAUCGUCUGCACGGAUGCCACGCCCAAUGAAAUACUCAAACGCUAUGCCAGCGAUCUGGCCACCAUUUCCUACUGCUCCAAGGUCUCCUUCGAUAGCCCUGCGCCGGCCGGAUGUGCCAUCCUCACGGUGACGGGGCAGUGCGAGGUGCACUUGCUGCUGAAGGGCCUCGUGGAGGCCGACAAGGAGAUCGCCAAGCUGCAGAAGAAGGGCGACCAGCUGGUCCAGACCGUCGGCAAGCUAACCCAGGCCAUCCAGGCCUCCGACUAUGCCACUAAGGUGCCCGCCGAGGUGCAAACGGCCAACGAGACGAAGCUCACAGAGUCGCGGGCGGAGAUUGAACGCAUUACGGCUGCCAUCGAGACGCUGAAGCUGAUGUAAGGAUUCUCUGAUGGGCUCGGGAAUGAGCAUUUUGUUGAUAUUCAAGGGACGCUUGGCCCCUUCCCCCACACCCCCCACACCACUCGCUUGCUUCUCAAAGACAUUUCUUCGUGCAUGCCCAUAGAUAAAAUAUGUAUUUAUUGCGUACCACGCGAGCAAUUUAUAUAAAUAAACAGAAAGAGAGAUAAAA